AUGAGUGUGAUGAUGCCUUGGUUGCUGCUGCUGCUUCUCCUGGUCAACUUCAGCUCACCUGCACCCAGGUUUUCGGAAAAAGAUAUCUGCCUCCUAGACAACAAUAAAUUAAGACAAAGGUUAAAACAGCUUCAAGACUUGCUUUACUUAUAUGAACUGCAACUGAAGGACAUCCUGGAGAACACUUACCACAGAGCAAAAAGUGGACUGUUUUCAGGCAACAGGAGCACGCAGCAUGAGGUGCUUUUACCCACAACCAGUGGAAAUUUGAUAGUAUAUGAUCAAGAUUGUUCUGCUGUAUAUAAUCGGAAGAAAAUGAAAAAUGGCUACUACCGGAUCAGGCCCAGGGCAGACCGAGAGCCUUUCCUAGCGUACUGCGACAUGUCUGAUGGUGGGGGCUGGACUGUCAUUCAGCGGCGGAGUAACGGCAAGGAGAAUUUCAACAGGAAAUGGGAUGACUACAAACUGGGAUUUGGGAAAUUCCAGGGCAAGAAUGAUGAAUAUUGGCUGGGCAAUGACCACAUCUACGACCUGCUCGCUAGAGGAGAGAGCUCAUUAAAGAUUGACCUGAUGGACUGGCACGGGGAAAGACGUUAUGCAGUCUACGAAAAUUUCCAGCUUGCCAAUGAGCAGGACAAUUACAGGUUAUGGUUUGGCACCUAUUCUGGUACCGCUGGUGACGCUCUGUCUGGUGGGAGCAAUUUUGAAGAUCAGUGGUCAGCCUCUCACAGAGGGAUGCAGUUCACCACAUCUGACAAGGAUCACGACCGAUUCCUGGCAGGCAACUGUGCCUCAGAGAACAAGGGCGGUUGGUGGUUUAACAGGUGCCACGCUGUAAACCUCAAUGGACGAUACUACAGAACAGGAAGGUACAACAGCUCCCAUGACGAUGGUGUGGUUUGGUUUACGUGGCAUGGGAUGUGGUACUCGCUAAAAUACUCAGCCAUGAAAAUCAGGGCUCCGUUCUUUAUUGACAGUGAGAGUGGAGAUGGUGAGAAUGGCCAGACCAGCUGA